AUGUGGGGCCGCGUAGGGAUGGAGCGGCUCCCAGGCCAAGACGAGGAGCCCAGCACCGCGGAGGCCAGGGCCCCAGCGCCGCCCGGCGAGGACGGCCCGCCCCGCCCGCGGGGGCGGGCGGGCCUCGCGGCGGCCGCGGCGAUCUUCGGAUUCGCCACCGUUGCGCUGGCCUACCGGGCGACCCCUUGGCACCGCGCGGCAGCCCUCGUGGAAAUCAUCCUCAGCGGCAGGGCCAGAGGGGGACGAGGCUGUUCCACUCGAAGCAGGACCUGGCGACCUACACGGGGCAGAGCGCCGAGACGGGCAGCCACGAUAUCUACGUGGAGAAUUCCGGCGUCUUCAGGGUGGGAGACCACGUUGUCAUCGUGGAUCCUUCUGGCGACAGUUCCUUGA